AUGGACGAACUAUUGUCUGGAAAACUUAUAGAUAAAGAACAUUUAAAGGAGUUGUGCGUGGCUAAAGUAGAAGAAUCAGCACCAUCUAACAAAGAAGAUAUCGAUGUUUCUUCGAACGAUUAUAUAUUUUUUGACGUUUAUGAUCAAAUUGAAAGUUGGAAAAAACGCAUGUACCCUAUGAUGAAUAAAAUUGAAGAUCUAGUAGACGAAUUUAAAACAAUCAGCCAGCGUACGUCUAGUGCAUAUAUUUUAAAAGUGUCUAAUGUGAUGAAAGGAAAAACAAUUAAAAACUCCAUUGAUGAUGUCGUUUCGAAUUCUAAUCGUUAUUUAUCAAAUAUUUGA